AUGCAGCUUCGCUCAGGCAACCGUAAACGCAACGAUGCUCCUGCUCCAAAACCUGGCAGACGAAGCACUAGGAAACGCGAUGUGCCUCCCAAGGCCGCGUCUCUUCCUAAACCCGCCGCACCCCCACCUGCUGAACCCCAAAAGAAGCCAGCAAAGCGGACGAGACGCGGCCCACAACCCGCUCCGGAGCCCAUGGAGGACGCGCUGGAACUUGUUACCGAGGGCUUCAGGCUCGACUCACGUGCUUCGAGCCCCUCCGACGAGUCCACACUGACGCCUGGAACACCCAUGGCAGCGAACGAAAGUGUGUUGCCCAACGAGCUGUGGUUGCUUGUCCUCGAUCUCAUCGAGGAGAGGCGUGAUCUGGCAAUUAUGGUCAGCACAUGCUCCUAUCUGCGCAGCCACGCAGCGGAAAUGCUCCGCGACUUCACAUUCGUACUUCGCACAGACGAUGAUGUCACGAAUUUUGUUGCAGCAGUCGAAAAGGACCCCUCUCUCGUCACACGCGUACGUGAGCUCCGCGUCGACACCGAUGAGGGGUUCGAAGAGGAAGUUCAAGUCGAACUGUACAAAGUCCUCCUCAAGCUCACUGGCCUUUACACGUUCGCCCUCUACGGCCCAUACGUCGUUUGGGCGGAAGAGUUCCUCGAUCGGCUCGGCUGCAUCACCUUCCCGUGCCUCACCACCUUCGAAACACCGAUCUACACGCGCUUCGACAUGACCGAGUUCGCCGCCUCGAACCGCUCCAUCCGCCACCUCGAAAUCCCGCGCUACUCCGAGCACGACGGCGAAGUCCGGCUGCACCACCUCCAGAGCAUGUCGGUCCCGUACCCGGUCGUCCACCGCUUCUCGAUCACGCUCAAGGAGCUCCAGGAAACGAUCCCCGACGACUCGGAGCUCAGCUCGGAGGACAAGUUCCAGGUCCUCGCGGGCUCGGUGUGCCACAACAUCAGCCACCUCUGCCUGACCGCGAGUGACCCGUACGCGCCGGUGACGCUCUCCCGGCUCGUGCUCGGCCAGCAGGUCGUCAGCCUGCGGCUCGCGGCGCCGCAGCGCCCGAAGGAGUGGCUCGCAAACACGGGCGAGUACGACCUCUUCUUUAUCCUCAAGUCCUUCCCCCGCCUCAAGUUCCUCGAGCACGAGAUGCGCGGCUACACCGUCGUGUCCUCUGACCGCCUCCCGGGCCACACGUCCUUCUGGGAGCUCCAGUACGAAUGGACGACGACGCCCGAGGAGCGCGAGCUCCCGCACCGCAAGAACGCAGGCUCGCUCACCGUCGCCUGGUCGUUCAUCGACAUCCGCGGCUCCGCGCUCCGGCCCGAGCGCGACGACGAGCUCCGCACGCUCGAGCCGCCUGAGCGCGAGCCGGUGUGGCGCGCAAAGUGCGAGGAGCGCGCGGAGUCGCUACUGCGCAACACGGGGAUGUACGUCGACCGGGUCAUGUACGGCAAGUGCGGCGCGCUGGACACGGUGGUGACGAUGCCGGUGCCGGCGCCGACGAAGAAGAAGGGGAAGGGAAAGGCGAAGACGGUCAAGGCCAACGUGGAGCGACUGGAGAAGCCAAAGGAGAUGUAUUGGAGGACGAUCCCGAAGUGGGUGGAGCCGAAGAAGGAGGAGGACGCCAAGGAGGAGUCAUAG